AUGGCCAACCGGAUGCUGGGCGCUGGAUUCGGUAAGGAGCUGGAGGAUGAGAUAGACCAGUGGAUCAAAGCCGUUAACGUCGCUCUUCGCAUCCUCUUUCCGAGCAAACGCCGCCUCUGCGACCGUGUCUUCUUCGGUUUCUCCUCGGCUGCCGAUCUCUCGUUCAUGGAGGUAUGUCGCGGCUCUACCAUUCAACUCCUGAAUUUCGCAGACGCCAUUGCCAUAGGAAGCCGUUCGCCUGAGAGAUUGUUCAAAGUGCUCGACGUGUUCGAGACGAUGGGGGAUUUGAUGCCUGAGUUCGAGUCUGUGUUCUUGGACCAGUUUUGCUCAGUUCUUAGGAAUGAAGAAGUAACCAUUUGGAAACGAUUGAGAGAGGCGAUAAGAGGUAUAUUCAUGGAGCUUGAGAAUCUGAUCCGGCGAGACCCGGUGAAAGCUGUCGUUCCAGACGGUGGUCUCCACCCAAUCACUCGUUACGUCAUGAAUUACCUCCGCACGGCCUGCAGAUCCUGGCAAACCUUAGAGCAAGUGUUUGAGGAUAGCAAUGGUGUGCCGUCUAACGACUCGACUCUGUUGACUGUACAUAUGUCUUGGAUCAUGGAGCUUUUAGAGAGUAACUUGGAAAAGGUUAAGGAUGGGGACUUAGGGUUGCUCUUAGGAGAGGAUUGGAUCAGGAAACACAACGCCAAAGUAAGGCAAUACCAUUUGAGUUAUCAGAGAAACUCAUGGAACAAGAUGCUUGGGAUGCUGAAGGUGGACAAUACACCUGCAGGCAUGCACAGAUUGGGGAAAGCCAUGAAAGAGAAGCUGAAGCAGUUCAAUACGCAGUUUGAUGAGACAUGCAAGGCGCACUUGAUGCUCAAGGAUGACUCAAGCAAAUCAACUGGUCAUUGGAGGCUCGAGUAA